AAACAACAGAGGACAGAUGCAUGCAUAAGAAUAAACAUCAAGGGUAAUUAUGGAAACCUCACAAAAUGAAUAUAAGCUCACGAAUCAGUAAAACACAAUUUCUAUUAAUUCAAAGCGUAAUUAGUCCAUUUUCUUCCACCCAAACAAAACAAGAGAGAGAAAGUGUGAGUGAAGAGAGAGAAAGUAAAAGAGUAUUCUCUCUAUAGCAGUGGUGGAUGCUGGUAGGAUUGCUUCCAUUUUCGAACUUCAUUCACUUCUCUCUCUUUAACUCCAUCAUUUCCAUUUCUCUCUCCUCUUUUCUCUCUCCAUUUCCAGAAAACGAUCGAAACCAGCUGAAAAACGAUGUUAGACGGAUUGCUCGGAAAAAGUGGAUUCUACUCCAAAUGUAAAUCGUUGAUUAAGCAGACGAGAACUCGAAUCGAAGUUGUGCGACGAAAACGAAUUGCGACGCAGAAGUUUUUGAGGAAAGACAUUGCUGAUCUGCUUGCUAAUGGCCUCGAAAAGAACGCUUAUGGAAGAGCAGAUGGCUUGAUUUCGGAGCUGAUUCUUAUUUCAUGUUAUGAAUUUAUUGAUCAUGUUUGUGAAAUUAUUUUGAAGCACCUUCCAGUUCUGCAAAAACUAAGGGACUGCCCAGAAGAUUGUAGAGAGGCUGUAGCAUCCUUGAUGUUUGCUGCUGCCAGAUUUUCGGAUUUACCUGAGCUUCGUGAACUUAGAGACUUGUUCCAGGGAAGAUAUGGAAACUCUGUGGAGUAUUAUGUAAACCAAAAGCUUGUUGAGAAUAUAACUCCGAAACCGCCUUCUAUGGAGAAAAACAUCAAAUUAUUGGAAGAAAUAGCAUCUGAAUUUUCAUUGAGGUGGGACAGUAAGGGCUUUGAAGCAAGGAUGGCUAGUUCUUCCAUUACUGAGCAGAAGCACCAAAAAAUUCCUGAGACUAUCCAGGCUGCUCAGGUCAAAGUAGAAGCUACCCAUAGGACUGUCAAAGAAGAAGUUCUAACGAAGAAAAAGAGUGAAGCCAGUCAUCCUAUUAAAGAAAGACAAACUGAGGGCAGACAUCAAAUGGAAGCCAGGAGAGAUCUUAUACCAGAAAGAAAAGAUGAGUUGAAGUAUAAUGUUUCUAAAGCACCGAAACUCAUUAACAACAGGUACAAGCCACCUUCUAAUAGGGACGGCAUUAUCCAGAAAAGCGAGGAUCAUGACACUUAUCUUCAAAGAAAAAGACAGAAGGCUGAUAGACAUGUAUAUGCGGAUAAUAGUGUUAAAGAAGCCAUUCAGGUCGGUAACUCAUCUCAUGGAAAAAGAUUGGAAACUGUUCAUAGCCACAAGCUGGAUAGACGUAGGCAGGAUGAUGAGCCAGAAGAAGAUCUUUUAAAAGUCUUGUCGCAACAAAAACCUGAUCAACGGCCAGCCAAUAAUGGAAUAAGCUCCCCAUCUUCCAUUAAUGAUGAACCAACUGAAAAGAAUCAUGUAAGAUCCACAAGAAAGAAAGAAGAGGGUGAAACAGAUGGAUUGCCUUUGAAAUUCAGGGGUGGAGUUCCUCCUCCAUAUGUCAAACCAAGAAAGAGCAAACACAAAGUUGAUCCAGAAGAGAAUGACACUUUAACCUUUUAUCCAACUGGCAGGCCAGAAAAGCCCCCACCAAACCUGAUAUUCCUGAUGCCCAAGAAAAUUUGGAUGGAAUGGGACGUGUCACGGAAGUUUAUUACAAAGAUGAAAGCAGCGGUGUUGAAUCAACUCCUAGACGAAGACAUCGGAAGAAACAUUCUCGUUCUGGGUCUUCCCAAGAUGGUAAAGUGAAUGGUGAGGGGGAAAAGGAAGAAAGGGUUCUCCGGAGAGUGUCCACCAGUAGGAGAAAACAUGAAUCAAGAAAAGGUCUCCAGAUAGUGUUUGAUGAUGACAAUUACCAAAAGGAUGAUGAGGAGAGAAUGAUUGACCAGCUGUUGCUACACUACAGCAAGAAACCUUCUUCCAGUGAUCCUGGAAAGCCAAGGAGGGAGACUAAAAAACGAACAAGUGAUGUGAAAAAGCCUCCAGCUCAUAGAGCCAAAGUUGGUAGUAACUUGGAUGAGGAGGAUUUAACACCAAAGAGAGGGACAUCUAGGUCAAUGUCUUUUCCUCCUCGCCAAGCACCCCAGCCUGAGCAACAGAAGGUGUUUUCUCGUGCUGCUUCCUUUCAACCAGAGAUCCCGGCAAAGCAUGUGCACCCAAACCUUCCUGAUUACGAUGACUUAGCUGCAAGAUUUGCUGCCUUGAGAGCAUGUAAAGGCUGACAGCUUAAACAUUUUGGUAACAGUCUCAAAUCAUCUCUUGACUACUAUACUACCUGCUUCUUGCAUUCACUAAGCAUUCCUGCUACGAGAGAUUUUAGGAUGUCUAUGUUGAAUAAUCGAGGUCAAGAAAUGUGCAAAGAAAUUGGAUGGAGAAUCAUGGUGCAUUUGGUUUCCUGAGAUUUGCGGUAUCAUUGAUUCAUUGUAUGAUAGAGAGCAUUCAAGAGUAAGACAUUGUUGACUACACGAUCACUAUACUAUUUAGCCUGUAAAAUUGAUAUUAUCAUUUGCAAUUUUGCACGCAAUUAUAUUGAAAAAAAAAAAAAAAACUCUAAUGACCCAGAUUAAGAUUAUACUAUCCAAUUACAUUAGUUCACAUCAUUAUACUGUAUGUAAUUUAGUUUAAUAAAGUAGCUAAUUGCUCUGUACUUUGCAGUUUUAGUUUGUAUUAGUGUGCACUUGUGCACUAUACUCACAUGUAGAUCAGUGUUACAUCGCGACACUUAUACUA